AUGGGACGUCGCGACAUUGAAGAGAACGGUCGGCGCAAAGGCGGACUUGUGCGUGCCGGCAUCAGAAGCGUUUCCGGGGCUGUCGGCCUGGCAUCUGAAGGUAUCAAGUCGCGCAACACAACAGAGCGUCACAAUUCAGAGACCGGAGUGCCUCCAGCUAUACGUUCGGACAGCGCUCAAUCGGUCGAGAAAUCUUCGUCAACGCAACGAGGAGAUGAAGCUAGAGACGACCUCGAGAACGAAUGGAACCUGGACGACGCUCAGGAUGAAAUUGCCGGAGAACACAGCCAAGGUGCUGUCGACGCGAACCCUGAGCGCACGUUUAUGGAGAGACACAACCAAAGACCCAGCUCUGAUUUCUCUAGUCAGCUCACACUUCCGGUCGUCAUCCCACAACGUCGGCCCAAAGAUCGUUCGCGAGGUUUCAUCCGAGCCUACUCGCCUGCAUUACAGGAUGCAGGUAUUGACCAGCCUACCUGGCUCGAUUUCCUCGACACACUUCAAAAGUCGAGUGCUGCUGACCCCUGGCUGAAUGCCAUUAACUUUGCUUCUAUCGGCACAAUGUUUAUGCCCCACGUUAUUGGCUUCGCCGUGUCGUAUGCUAUUCAGCAAGCCACCAACAUUGCUAUCGAGAUGCAAGCUCGUNUUCAGGUAUCCUGUCAGCACUUUUGCUCGAAACUUCAACAUCUGACUGUAUCUAGGACGACUACAGCUUUGCGCAAACUCAAUGAGGAAUUCUUCCAGCCUCGAGGGUUGUACUGCCUAAUCAUGACUUGGAACCCAGACUCAAACAACAAGGUAGAGCAGGUCAACAUCAAUGAGACUGUCGCAUCUCUCAACAAGGGUUCCAAAGGUGUUGCAGUUGUUGGCGACAAGUUCAGAUCCUCUGAUGGAACCACAUAUGGAGAGUUGGCAUUCCCUGAAGUGGCACCACUCGUAUUCCCUACUUUGGACGAGCUGGCCGCCCAAACUGGACCCGAAGCGGCAAAGAAGAAGAGUAACGUGGCGAAAGGCAUGACCUUUGUCGCAAACUAUUGGGACAAGAGAGCCACAGCAGAAUAUNGUGAUGUGUUGGCACAGGUUCCUCAGGGCGAGUUCAACUCUCGAUAUGCAGAUCCCAACCACGCGGCAGCCAGUGGGUCACUAAUCUCCUUCGUUUCUGGAGGAAAACUCGUUCCCGGCCCUAACUCGCGAGGCUUGAUUGGUGGUCUUGCAUCAGUCGCCCGUCAAGCAUACCGCGGAGAGAAGCAAGGCGCAGAAUGGGAGCGAUACGCAGCCGAGAAUCCUCACAGACAGCAAACCUCGAGACGAGAGAAGCAUGGGAUCAUUCCAAACCCGAUCCGCACAUACAAAAAACUGCUAGCAAAG